AUGGUACUUGUCGCCCUGGUAGUUACAAUCUCAAUCGUCCACUACUCUCAGCUCGUACAUGCAUCGGCAUUACCUUCUCUGCAUUCCUUAUAUACUACAAGUCACUCGCUGGGCGAUUCCUAUGUCUUUGAGCCUCGCGAUGGCUGGUCCUCUGUAAACGUCUCAGACGCAUUCUACAAUUAUCGACGCGAUCUUCAACCAACCCUCAAAGGCGUCAAAACAGAAUCCAAGAGACAUUCUAAAGACGCCAAACACAGAAAGUCCAAAGAACGAAACCCUAAAGAAUCACCCAAGCUUCACUCCGAGUCUUUGCUCGAUCCUUCCUCUGGCCCGGGUGGCGAACACUUCCAGGUCUCCGGCGAUUCCCAGCCAGUCACCAUUACUUGGUAUACUGGGAACGAUCUUCAAAAUCCUAGUUGCUGGCUCAACACGGUUUGGACACCUACAGAUGAAUCAUUCGUUUGUGCUGUGACUCUCGAGGGAUGGACCGAUAGGCCGCAGUGUUUCAAGUUUCUCGAGUUGUGCCACGGACCUAAAAAAUGCGUCUUUGUGAGGGUGGUGGAUACUUGUGCUGGGUGUGCCAAAGGGUCCAGGCACGUCGAUCUGACAAAAGCGGCGUUCGCCGCUCUGUCAGACUUGGAUGCAGGCCGCAUUGAAGAUGUCCAAAUGAGGCCAGCUCUUCUUCCGUUCUUGGAAACAGUCUGGCCAAUCGAUCUGUGGGGGCCGCAAGUUCCAAAAUGAAGUACUGUAGAUU